UUUUUUUGACAUUGAGGAGCGGCUUUAUGAUCUGGCAAUAAUUCUAAAAAUUUCUUUACGAUUGCCACAAACUAGUUAUCAAGCUACAUAAAUAAAAAAAGACCUCAUGGUUUUAUCUUUAUCUGCACAACUACAAGCAAAACGCACUAAAAUAUAUAAAUUGCCUUCAACUAUAUGCUCUACUAGGGGGCUAAUUUCACAGUUUCUUCAUGUAUCUGACAUUAUACAGACGUUUCAUCCUUACGUUUAUAAAAAUGAUUAAAACAUGGAUACUUUUAGGUCUACUCUCACCAAUCAUCGUAAUUGGCCAAGAUAAGUGCGAUAUAUGUCAGAAGCAGAGUAAUGUUGCUUGUUUUAAUGAAACAACAUUCUCCAUAUGUUUGGAAAAUACUACGAUACGUAUGUAUAUAGAAUGCCCCAAGAAUUAUCGAUGCACCGAUGGGACAUAUGUGUGCUAUCCUAAGGCAAGCAGUACAUCCGCUUGUGAGAUUAACGAUUCAACGACAACGACUUCGGUGACAACUCCGUCGAGCGACAUAUUAUCGUCAUCAGUCGGAACUACGGAGUCCACUACAACCACAGCAGCUCCCCGAGAUCCUACGGUUAUGUGCCAGGAAGUGCAGGCAACAGGAUUCUAUCAAAAUGAAUUGGAUUCAACUUGUGCAACUUAUGUCUAUUGUCGUCUGGUCAACAAUGCAUAUACAGCUACCGUCAGAGAUUGUCCUAGCAACCAAUGGUACGAUGCAACUAAAAAAUAUUGCAGUACUACAAAACCAGACACCUGUUCAUAAAUAAAUA